AUGGAAGAGAUAGGUCCCUCGAAUGGCCUGCUGGCGCCGUCCCCUUCGCUCCAGCUUGUGACGAUUGAAGGCUCCUCGCCGCACGAUGGAAGCGCGGCUACCAACACUGGCCUCGAGCUUCUCGCUGCUGCUGCCGUCAUGCUGAUGCGCUCGCCUACGCCUUCAAGCCCCAGCGACCUGUUUCUUCUUGGUGCUGGGCCUCCGCUAACCGUUUCCGCGGCGCCUGAUGACACUGCGAUGGACGUCUCCAUGGAUGCUCUGCUCGAAGCUUUGGAGGACACCGAUACUGCGCCGCUGCUGGAGCUGCUCGACGUUGCAUGGGAUAUCCUCAGUGAUGAUCUUCCUGCUCCUGCGGCUCCAAGUGGUGUUCCAGAGUCACCUGCCUCUGGCGUUGCCUCGCCUAGUGCGCCUUCAUCUCCCGCUGAAUCACGUGUUGCUUUUGCUGCUUCGUCCGUUGCUGCGUCGCCUCCUGCUGAUGCUGGGUCACUAUCGAUUGUUCCGCCGAUCAUUGCGUUCUUCAAUGCCUACUAUCGGCAGUAUUUCCGCGGCGCCGGUGCUUCAGGGACUGGCUUGUGCUUUCUCGAGUCGGUUCGAGUGGCGUGUUUCGAUCUUGGCCACCCUGAUCUCGUUUACGGCUGUCACUGGACGAAUUUCUGCACGGAGUACGCCAAGGAUUUAUCCAACGGGGUUGUGCGCGCAGUUAUCGCUGCUUUCUUCGAAUUCUUGCGCCGCCAGCAAGUUUGUCUUGACUAUGAUGUUCUCCUCCCAAACCAACUGGACGUUACCAUCACCGAUGGGAAGAUUCUUGGACGUUUCGCGCAAUCGCUCCAGUCAGGACACUACCUCGUUCACGCUGCACACGACCUCGUUGAGCACUUCUUCACUCUCGUUGUGAAUGCGCGUGAUCCGGGCAAGCUUUUGAAGAAACUCGAAGUGCUAGAUGGGUACGGUUUCGAUUACAAUCCACUCUGCUGA